GAGCUACCACAGCGUUGCUGCAGCGGACAUCAUGAGCUCUCCGGUUCAUCCACCUUACUACGUUCUGAUUUCGCAUUCAUGCCAACUCACGAGUACCUCGACCCCUCUAACAUCACUCAGUCACCCCAUCAUUCAAUAUCAUUACGCCGACGAUUCGCCUCUCUCUCUCUUGCCUCGGUCCUUGGACGAACAUGUGCUUAUGCUGGACUAUAACCCAUCAGACGCUACAAUUGCCCGCAUACAGAGCCUAGGGGGCAAUUUUGCCGUGACCCGAGUGAAAGUGACUGAUGCACCGGGAGCAUGUACGUCUGAGGAGGAAUUGAAUCGGAACAACAACAUGUACAUCCUGGAGACAACAGCCCUGGGCGAAGACAAGUCCCUUGUUGAAGGCGUAGAUCCACAAGCGAUUCUUGCAAGAUUUAAACAAAGAAACACCGUCAUACGGCAAGUUCUUGACUAUUGUGAACCGCAGUCAUCUCUUUCUGGCUUGAGAGAUAAUACUUUGAAGCCUCACUCUCCAUAACCUCCCUGCUGCAUGAUCGUAUGACCCAGUCAUUCAUAGAACAAGACUCGCAAUUCAAGUAUGUAGUGUUACAAAACGAGUGAAUGGAUGACAAAGACGUCGCCAUCGGGCAUC